AAUGCCUCAAACAUUGGAUAAAAAGGAUGAUUUUGAUGUGGUCAAAUAUUUUCUUAAACUAUUGGAUGAUGACAAGGAUUUGUCGUCGGGCAUAGCUGCUAUUAAGACAUUGCUAAUGAUAUUGGAAAAGAAACAAUUCGGAACCAUUCACAUCUUACAAAAUACCAUGUUGGAGGCUGUGGCCGCUAUGCGCAACACCGAUUUAUCAAUUGCUGCUGUUGUAUCGGGCGGUGAACUGUUUUGCCGUUUCAUCACACUCAGUUUAGAUGAUCGCGGCAUGGAAGAGUGUCGUGAAAUUAUGUUGCAUCGUGGCAAAAUAUUCUUAACUAAGCUUUUAAAUUCACGUAACGUUAUUGCUCAACAAGCUCAAAGAUUUAUAACCGAUGGCUGUCGUGUUUUGACUCACUCAAGAUCACGUGUUGUCCUAAAGGCUUUGGUGACAGCGGCCAAGGCCAAUAAACAAUUUCAUGUUUUCGUAACACAAGGUGGCCCGGAUAAUUCGGGAGAACAAAUGAUUGCCGAUUUGGAGAGGGCCGGCAUUGAUUGCACAUUAAUUUUGGAUUCGGCUACAGGUUAUGUUAUGGAAUCUGUGGAUUUUGUAAUGGUGGGUGCGGAAGCUGUUGUGGAAUCGGGUGGCAUCAUUAAUCGCAUUGGUAGUUUCACUAUGGGUCUUUGUGCCCAAGAGAUGAAGAAACCAUUUUAUGUUUUAGCCGAAAGUUUUAAAUUCACACGAUUGUAUCCUCUUAAUCAAAGGGAUUUACCAGAUGAAUAUAAGUACUCUCGCAAACAUUUGAGUGAUGUCUCGAAAGUCCAUCCCCUGGUCGACUAUACACCACCGGCUUACAUCACAUUGCUUUUUACCGAUUUAGGCAUUCUAACUCCCUCAGCUGUAAGUGACGAGUUAAUAAAACUUUAUAUGUAAGC